CGGACGCGCGCUCUCCGCUUGGCAAAGUCGACGAGUAGUACUGAAAAACCACUGAAAAUCAAAGAAAAGCUCGCUCAGCUAACGGUUCUUCAGGAGCGUUUCUAACACCAUCACCAUCGCAGCCGCAGAUACAAACGGCAAACCAACAACAGUCGUCGGCCCGUCUCGUAUAAAAUCUGUUGCAUCACUGCUGCGGCACUUCAGUCGUUCGAACGCGUGCGGCCGGAGAAGUGCAGUUAACAAAUAAAAAAUAAAUACACCACAAAUUUAAUAACAACAACAAAAGAUUUGAAAAAUAUAAACGAAGCGAAAAUGCUCGGCUGCAGUGAACAUUUAGGCAGCCUAAAAUGAAGUUUCAAAUAUAACCAGAGAUAUUAUAAACAAACAUUUCCAAAGACCCACUUACCUCAGUGCAAUGCUUUAGGCCUUAAAAAAAACUUGGAAAAACAUUUAAACUUAAAUCUGAACUCUAUAAAAAAACAUCCAAAAUUAACGCGCUACAAGGCAUCAAGAUUUUACCCUCCUUCGCGCAACUGAAAAUGCUGAACAUGGAGUCGCCGCAGAUGUACGCCGAUGCCGUUCAGACAUUGGCCCAGCUGGACCUCAAGAAGGAGCCGCCGCUGCAGCAGGCCACCAUUGGCCAAAUCACCCUGACGGCCAUGUCCACGGCGCAACAGCAGCAGCAACAGCAGCAGCAGCAGCAACAGCAACAGCAGCAACAGCAACAGCAGCAGCAACAACAGCAGCAACAGCAGCAGCAACCUCAGCAACAGACAACCGAUGCCAACAACAACACUUCCCAGGAUGCGGCACUCCUUGUGAAGCAGCAUGCCAUGCAUCAAAUGCAACAGGUGGCCGCCCUGGGCAGCAACAACAACCUGCUGCAGAAGCAAAUGCUGCAGCAGUACACCACCCAAACGGACCUGGACGAGCUGACCACCCAGGAGAUCACCCUCGAUCUGCAGCACCUGAUCGACGAUCAGUUCAGGGACACGGAAACGCUGGGCAUCUUCAGCGAUAUGGUUACCAGUCCGGGUGGUCUCUCGGCCACCUUGCCACCCAGUGGCAUGGUGUCGGCGGCAGCCAAGGUCCUGCAGCAGCAGACCUUGCGGAAUCAGCAUGGCUACGGCGGCCGAGGAGGCGGUGGUGGCGGAGGUGGUGGAGCGGGAAACGCUCUGGCCUACAUGCCACAGCCCGUUCAUGCCACCUACAACAAUUCCAGCGACGAGAACAGCUCCGUGGGCUCCGAUUCCAGUACAAUCAAGGAGGAGCCCAUCGAUCCCGAGUACAGGCGACACCUGCAGGAGGCGGCCAACCAGCAGGCAGCCUUCAUGGGCAACGGGGCAGGACUCUACAAUGGCUAUGGGGCGGGGGCAAAUGGAUUGUCCGGCGGAGGGAACCCCCUCAACGGCGGCAACACCACGCCGAGCAGCAAUGGCAGCAACGGCAGCACGGGCAGCAGCAACGGCAGCCAGUUCACCAACCUGACAACGGCCAAUGUCCUGGCCCACCACAACCUGCCUCACCUGGCCGCCGCCGCCGGGGCGCACAAUCUGCUCAAGCAGCACAGCAAGCUGCACGCGCAACAGCAACAUCAGCAGCACCAGCAGCAGCAGCAGCAUCGCAAGCACAGCAACAAGCAUGUGGACAAGGGGACGGACGAGUACCGCCGGCGGAGGGAGCGGAACAACAUCGCGGUGCGGAAGAGCCGGGAGAAGGCCAAGGUGCGGUCGCGGGAGGUGGAGGAGCGGGUGAAGAGCCUGCUCAAGGAGAAGGACGCCCUCAUCCGGCAGCUCAGCGAGAUGACCAACGAGCUGCAGCUCCACAAGCAGAUCUACAUGCAGCUGAUGAACCACGCCAAUCCCGAAGUGAGCCGCGUUUGCCGCAGCUUCCUCAACACCAAUGAGCAUUCGCUGUAGCAGAUACAAAGAUAGUGUGUGCGUGUGUGUGUAAGACUGCCUGGGUGUGUGUGAAUGUGCUUUCCAGUCUGUAAGUGUGUGUGUGUGAGAGACUCUGUUAAAUCAAAGAUUCAAAACGCUGUGUGGGUAGCUCGUAAGAUCCAUUUUCCUUCUGCUGAUCAUUUUCUUGGGGCUGUAAACGAUCAUCGAAUAUCGUUUACAACCUUUUCUUUUUUGCCAAAACCUCUGGCAUUCCUUUGUACAUUUUAUUAUAAACAAAAAACACCCUCCCCCAUUUCUUGUUAUCACUGUAAAGCAUAUUUUUGUACUUAAUUCUUAACGACUGUAACAUAUAUUUCGCACAUUUUUUAUACAUAAUCUUAUACAUUAUAUCUUAUCAUAAAGUUAAGCCAAAGAAAAAUGUUAAAAAUAUUAAUGUAAAAAAAAAUAACACGCAGGAAAGAGAUAAAAUACAACAAAUGAAAACUAUUUAUACAUCUAAUUCAAAUUUGUACAUUUCUUGAAUGGUGUGCGGCUUUGCUCUUUGCUUGAUGCCACGCCCACUCCUACGCCCCCAGCCCCCUGCUUUAAACACAAACAUUAGCAAAUCACUAGUUCUUAAGCCCGGAACAUCAAGUAACCGCUUUACCUGCACAAAUCCCCUCGAAGAAAAGAAUAAGCCCUGCCCGUAAAUAACCAUUUUCUAGCGAAUUCGACCAGUUCGCUUCUGAGAGCGUAGAAGAUAUGAAUGCUAUUAAUUUGUAAGGCCAACGCAAUGUUCUCAUUUUAAUUUAUAUAUUCGUAAAUUAAAUAUACACAAACAACAAAGAAAACUGUAAAG